AUGAGUAACGCACCGACUUACUGUGACCUAGGAAAGGCUGCUAAGGAUGUCUUCAACAAAGGAUAUGGAUUUGGCAUGGUCAAAAUUGACUUGAAAACCAAGUCUUGUAGUGGAGUGAUGGAAUUUUCUACUUCUGGUCAUGCUUACACUGAUACAGGGAAAGCAACGGGCAAUCUAGAGACCAAAUAUAAGGUCUGUAACUAUGGACUCACCUUCACCCAAAAAUGGAACACAGAUAAUACUCUUGGGACAGAAAUCUCUUUGGAGAAUAAGUUGGCUGAAGGAUUGAAACUGACUCUUGAUACCAUAUUUGUACCGAACACAGGAAAGAAGAGUGGGAAGUUGAAGGCUUCUUAUAGACGGGAUUGUUUCAGUCUUGGCAGUAAUGUUGAUAUCGAUUUUUCUGGACCAACCAUCUAUGGCUGGGCUGUGUUGGCUUUUGAAGGUUGGCUUGCUGGCUAUCAGAUGAGUUUUGACACAGCCAAAUCCAAACUGUCACAGAAUAAUUUUGCCCUGGGUUAUAAGGCGGCCGACUUCCAGCUGCAUACCCACGUGAAUGAUGGCACUGAAUUUGGAGGAUCAAUCUACCAGAAGGUUAAUGAGAAGAUUGAAACAUCAAUAAACCUUGCUUGGACAGCUGGCAGUAACAACACUCGUUUUGGCAUAGCUGCUAAAUACAGGCUGGAUUGUAGAACUUCUCUAUCUGCUAAAGUAAAUAAUGCCAGCCUCAUUGGACUUGGUUAUACUCAGACCCUUCGGCCCGGAGUCAAACUGACCCUGUCAGCUUUAAUUGAUGGAAAGAACUUCAGUGCUGGAGGUCACAAGGUUGGGCUGGGAUUUGAACUAGAAGCUUAAUAUGAUUUUGAAUAAAGCAUCCGAUUUGGUCUUGGAGGUGAAGAGAAAUGAACCCACUAUGUUUUGGCCUUAAAAUUCUGUGAAAUUUCAAACGUGUGAACUUUUUAUUCUUCCAAAGAAUUGUACUUCUCCCCACACUGAAGUCUAGAGAUUGCAAGUCCAUCCUAAGGGAGGUACUUGAAGGCAUGCAUGGAAGUUGUCAUAUUUGUGCCACAUUUCAGAUCAGUUUCUCAGUGUUAUUUAAAUGUGUUCCUCAAUGACAGUGUAGUGUCUUGUUAUAAAGGAAAUGACCUGAUCCUCCAGUUUGUACAUCACGUCCUGCAUGUCCCAUACCACUUUUUCAUGACCGUUUAAUAUAUUGAUUGGUCUUUGUGCUGUAGUGGAAUUUUUGGUUUUUGCAUCAGAGUAAAAUAAAUCCAUCACAUUUGGAACAUAAUUGCUCAUAUGACUUGCUUGUAGUGGUUUUCUUA